CUUUCCCCUUGCAUUAUUUGCUCUUCGUUCUCGUGUUGAAAACUCUCUGAACCUCUUAUAUCUCACUCUGGUCUUCAACUCCAGCCCCUGAUUUGAUGGAUGCCGACAGUGAUUUGGAGGACCCAGUUUCUCCCAAGUUCACGGCAAAGAAUUGUCGUCAAGAUAAUGGAUGCAAUAAAGAGGUAUCCUCCCUUCUCCGGGGACGGAUUAGAUGAAAUCAGGAGAACUGCUGUAAAGAUAGAGGAAAAAAUUUAUGAUGUUGCCUUAAGCCAGACGGAUUAUCAACGGAAAAUUUCUCUAAAGAUCAUCAUGAUUGCGUCGAGGUCUGAGUCUCUUGGCCGAAUGCGACCAUCCAACCUGAAACGCCGUCGCAUCUUUGCUAGUGAUUUGUAACAAGUUUUUUGACUUGGUCUUAUAUAAAAUGUAUCUAUCAAAUAAAAAAUCACAGAAACUCAACAAAAAAAAUGAAGUAACAAGAAACAGUUCCUAGGCUAGUUGCAAAAUUCCUGAUUUAAUGUUCUGUAAUUACUCUAUACUUUAUGCGCUUGGUCAUCUUGAUGUUAUAAUUUUGUCAGUUUGUCCUAUAAAGAGCAGGUCCUAAUAAAUUAGGAGGUUGUAGGGUCUAUGAGAAUCUUGCAGCCUCCUCUGGCUCAAAUAU